AUGCAGUCUCCACAACAUCUGCUGUCCAGGCAGAGGAAGAGGUCCAAGGCUCUGUGGUGUUGCCUUAUAGCGGUCAUAUUGGCAAUUCUGAUCCUGAUAAUCGUGCCAACAGCUGUGGUGUUGUCCAGGAAAAAUCGCAAGUAUCCAGAUGGACUUCCUGCCAAGGUGUUGCUUCCUCUGUACGAGUUUCCGGAGGACAGUGCCUGGGAUCCUCUGUACUCAGCCAUCGAAUCGAACUCCAACCUGGACUUCAUUGUGAUUAUCAAUCCAGAUAGCGGUCCUGGCGGAAUGAGCACAGCGCCUGGCGCCGAGUUCUCUCCAGGAAUACAGAAGCUCAAUAAUUACUCAAAUGUGCAGACAGUAGGCUAUGUCCGUACGGGCUAUGGCACUCGACCCGUGAUGGAAAUUGUGCAGGACAUCGAAACGUACGCUCAGUGGGCCGAUGUCCAUUCGAGUCUGGCGAUGCACGGCAUCUUUUUCGAUGAGGCAGCGUAUGAGUAUUCGCCAGAAAAUGUCGAGCAUCUGUACAUCAUCAAUCAGUUUGCCAAGAAUUCGACAGGCAUUCGCGAACCUCGCACGGUCAUCCAUAAUCCGGGCAUCUUGCCUGAUGCGCGCCUAAACACCAACAACACCGAUAUCACCGUGACCUUUGAGCAGUCGCUGAAGGAGUUCCACAAGAUGGACGCGUCACUGCAGGAAUCGCCUUUCAACCGGACUUCCAGCGCGUUUAUCGUGCACUCGGCAGGCCCCGCGGAUCUCAAGCAGUUCGUACCAGAGCUGAGCUACCAUGCUGGUUAUUUGUUCGUGACGAGCAACAAGAAAAAUUAUUAUAGCAGCUUCGGGAAGAAUUGGCAGAAGUUUGUUGAUGCAGUGCCCACAAACGCAAGCGCAGCCACGCGGUAGGAGGCUGAUGCCGAUCGUGGAUGUUAGUGGCUCCCAGUGGCUGGAAAUAGCCUUAGCUACUUCCUCCUCCUCGAACUUAGACAAUAACAACAACAAUCUUCCACGGCA